AUGUCACUGCCGAGCUUCACAAACCAAUUUCCUGUGGCAGUAUUGCCAAGAGUCGGAGAUGUGGAUUUAAACGAGAGAGUGGCAUUUCCUCCACUCACGUCACUUGCCUCAUCGAGCGAUGACUUGACUGUGGUUGACUUUGCCGUGUCCAAGUCAAUGAUUGCAUCAUACUUGAUCAAGCCCAGUCCCAAACUCUUGUGGUCGUAUGCAUUACGACCCUCAGCUAUUGUCGAAAGCAUAGACGUGUUGGACCAAAACGCAGAUGGCAAGAAAUAUUACCUUGUUGGUAUUACAGAGAGAAGAAACUACCAGAUCUUGUUAGUUGAAACUGAUGUUGGAACCACUGCCGAUGGUAACGUUAAUAUUACAACUUCUAAGGAAUAUACUUUGACAAAAACAGACGACCGAAUAUUGCUAGUGAAAUUCUUGAGUUUGCAAAAAAUCCUUGUCUCAUAUGCUAGUGGAACAGUGGAGAUUAUCAGUUUUGAUAGUGAAAAAGACGAGGACGCAUUACAAAGUAGUACCAAGAUUGAAUCAAAGAGAAGAGAACAUGUUAUUUACAGUACCAUGGUGACUGAUUUAGAAGGAACCUUGCUCUUGAAAGUAUCAAAACCAACGAGUUCUAAAACGACAUUGAUUUAUAAGCUAAUAUCCAUUACUUUUGACACUACACAAUCACUUGCUGAAGUACAAAAUAUUCAAAAAGAGUUUAAACUGGACUCUUGCUCUUUUGCAUACAAUGCAGGUAUCUUGUACCAAUAUUACGACUCAAGAAUCGAGGCAAUUUCAAUUGUGAAUUUCACCAACACAAAACACACACUUGCUCUCGACUCAAUUAUUGAACCCAAUUUUGCAGUUUCGUUAAAGGCUCCUGCUCCAGAUAGAGUGUUGUUAGCCAAUGGAGAUAAAUUGUACUUGAUCAAUGUCAAAUAUGGUGCAUUAUUAUCCGAGUACAAAUCUGUCUCGAGCUCAUCCAACCCUGUUGCCGAUAUAGUCUCCAUUUGCCAAGUCAUUUCGGUCAAGGGUCAAUCACAAAACACUUUGAAUACAACAGCGUUUUAUCUCAACUUAAAGAAUAAGGAUAAGAAUUUGUACUUGAAUGUUGUUGAUGUUAAUGUUGGCCAAAACAAAUUGAGCGAAUGCUUGGGUAAAGCUUUGACAUUUGCAAGUGGUAAAAGCUUGCAAAAUCCAAAAGAUCUUUAUGACGAAAAUUCGUUGAAAACAACAUCACAUACUGAUGCCAAUGGACAUUCCAAGAGCGAACUUGAUGAAGUAUAUGACAGUUUGAAAGAGGCGCAAGAGCAAAAAGAUAUUGACCAAUGGGAAUCUAUUCUCAUUCCUUAUUUGAAGAAUAAAAAAUCGUGGAAAGAAAUUAAGCAAAAGCAAAAGCAAAAAAACCUUAAAUCACGUAAAAAAGAUCAAGUUUAUCAAUUCAAAGAGUUUGAAGUUGAGCAUGACAGGAUAGUCAAUAUUGAAUUUGUUCAGUCCUUAUUUGAACUCAUCUUUGUGACUAGUCCAUCUUUGCAGUUUAAAGAUGCAGAUUUUAUUCCAGAAUAUACCUUGAUGUAUUUACUUACCAGUCCCAUUUUCCCUUCGAGUUAUGCACAAGGUUUGAUUCCACUUUUUGAGCAAGUCAACAACAAGACCUUGAUGAGACAAGCAAUUAUCACAUGUUCAAAUAUCCCAUUAAAGGAUCUUGUGCAACAAUUUGUAAAGGAAUCUGAUUUGGACGUGUUUACAGAUUUGAUUGAUCGUAUUGUUGUCAAUUACUCUAUUAGUGAGAUUACUGCUGUUUUCAAUGAAGUUGUCAAGUCGUAUGAUGGUGCAAUUGAUAUCAUUGGCCUCGUUAACAAAUUGCUUGCUGUUAAGACAUAUAAUAAUUGGAAUCUUAUUGAGAUCUUGAUCAACAUCAAUGGUUUGUUCAACUGGACAGAUGAGAAUAUCGAGAGAAUGGAGAGCUUGGUUGAUUCCAAGAUUGAAGUAUUGGAUAUUAAUGCAUAUAAUGUAACCUUGGUCGAUCAAGUUGCAUUGAAAAAGAAUCAAAUUGCCAAUUCCAGCAAGAAACAAAAACAAAAAGAGAAACAGAUUAUGGAUGUUGAGGCUAUGGGUCUUUUGAAAAUUACUGAUCAGACAAACUUGGGUGGUAAGAAGGUUGAAAGUGUUGUUGAUGCAAAGAUCCCAUUAUACUCUGUUGAAGUAUUGGAAGUAUAG